AUGAAGUUGGAGGUGGUGGCGGCGGAGGAGGAGUUGGUGGAAGGGAGAAGGGAGGAAGGGAGGUGGCCUGUGGCCAGCAGCGCCUCCAAUAGCGAUGUUGAGCUCGGGCUUCGAAGGUUGGAAGUUGGUGUCAAGCGAGAGAACUCUGUGGAGCUCAAGAAGCGACAGUUCCGGUCCAGCAUCACCUACUACCUCCUCUUCUGCGCCUUCCUCGUCCCCUUCAUGGCGUACAUGCAGCUACACGUCAACCAGAGCAUCGAGCCCUCUGCCUCCUCCAUCGGAUAUGCGGUCGUCGACGGCCACCAGUGCGGGACGGAGGAAGAGAAAGUGCUGCGGGUGAUGGAGUGGACAAGGAGGAUGGGAGGUUACAUCCACCGGAACGUCACGACAGGCAUGUUCCCGAUCGAGGGAGAGGACGGGAGCAAGACGGGGAGGAUGGUGCGAGGGCUCAAGGCCAACGGGACCAUCCAUGACCACGAGAUCCUCUUUCGUAUCCCCCCGAAGCUGCUGAUCAAUGUGGGGACAGUCUCGCAGGACCCAAACUUCGCCGAGGUCUGGAAGAGCAUCCCUCAGUUCCACAAGGGCCUCAGCGGGCUGGCCGUCUACCUCAUCCACGAGUCGCUCAACAAGUCCUCCUUCUGGCGCCCCUACCUCUGCGCCCUGCCGCGCCACGUCCCGCUCCCCAUCUUCUACUCGGAGAGGAAGUUCGAGAGAGAGAGGAGGGAGAAGAUUCUCAAACCCCUUCCCGAGCAAGUCACAAGGUUCGACGACCUGAUCGAGCGGGCGAGGGACGUCCUGGAGGUUCACUACGUCGAGCUCAUGCCCAAACUCUUCUCCCAGUUUCCUCUCAAGUUCUCCCCUGCCGACUACACGUACGCGCGAUGGGCAUGGGCCUGCAGCAUCAUUAUGUCGAGGACGUGGGGCAGGAAGUUCAAAGACGAUGUCCUGGGAAAGAUGACCGGUGAGAACGUGUCGGUGGUCCACACUCUGGUGCCAGCAGCAGACAUGCCAAACCACAAGACGGGGACGCAUGAGGCGAGCUCGACACCCGAUGGUUCCCUGCUACUGAAAGCUUCUGCGAACCUCUCGGCUGGCGAUCAGGCAUUGUUCGCCAAGAUGUCCAUGGGAAACACCUCGAUCUUCUUUCAGAGCCCCGAGUGA